AUGGCAAUACUAAUCAUUAAUAAAACAACAAAUUUUGAAUUGGAGACUUCAACAACCACGACAACAAUAACAACAACAACAAUAACAUACACAAAAGCAAACUCUUCACAAAUAAUUGUCCCAAUAACAAGUUCAGGUGAUUCCAUCGUCGGCUUAUAUAAUACUUCAGCUGGUCAACCUACGGGUGCUUAUAAUGGCAGAUAUUCAAAUUCUGCUGAAAAUCCUCCAAAAGCUAUUGAUGGUUUGUUAAACACGAAAUAUCUUAAUUUUGGGGUUCGAGGUACCUCUGGUGCCGUUCUAAAUGGCCCUGGAGUAAAUACUGGUUUUUUUGUAACGCCGACAAUAAGUACUGCUUCUGUGGCUGUUGCUCUUCUUUUUGCAACUGCAAAUGAUUUUCCAAAUCGUGAUCCACUUACAGUAACUCUCGAAGGAACAAAUGCAACAGAUGUUGAAGCACUUCAUCUCGGCUCAAGUUGGACAUUGAUAUACAGUGGUCCAACAGGUAUUGAUCCUGCAACGGAUCCUGGUCGCAACACAUAUAUGCAACAACAAGAUUUCUCGAAUGCGAUUGCUUUUAGAAGUUAUCGACUACUUGUUACUUCGCAACGAGGUGAUGAUAGUUCUGUUCAAUACGCUGAAGCUCAAAUCUUAGGUUAUUUUUGA